AUUUCGAGUAGUUGACCGCUUCAUUCGCCAGGGGCAGCAUCAUCGAAACGCUUAACAAGCAGGGUAUAAGAAGUGUCCAGUCUGUGUAUCCGUUAGUCUGUGGGUUUACGCCAGUGGGUCAGCGCCAGCAAGCACUGCGUCAUUUCCGUAGAUGGUUCGAGAACGUCACUCGUCGUGCGUGACGAUAUUUCCGUAGAAGGUUCUGGAAUAACCACACUCGUCGCGCGUGACUGAUCGCCACGCGAUUAAGAAGAAAGCAAAUGCGUACGUCACACGAGAGAGAGCUUUUCAGGCUGGGAGUAAAUACAUAUGUCGCCGCACGGCAGUGAUAGUUUUCAGCCGCGGGUUUUGUGUAGUGUGUAAUCAGACGUAUAUAAUCUGUAUUUGGAAUCACUGAGUAGAAUAAAUUAUCUAAUCUGUUACAACAAAGACGUGUCAUCUUUACUGUGAUCUUCAUCGUCACUCGUCCUUACGUCGCACGAGAAACAAGAGAAGCUGACAAUCAGUGACAUCCUUCAAGCGGAAACGCAAACACGAAACGAACAACGAAUUGGGUUUAUACUAAUACAUUAAAAUACGAUCACACAUCUACGACGAAUCAAGAACACAACGCAAGGAUUGUACAUCACAACUGCGGCCAUACCCUAAACGCCAUUUCACUGGUGUAGUUUCGACCAUUUCGAUUCGUGCGGAAGGAGUCGGCAGUGCGAGCGGGAAACAGUGAAACAAGAAAGAUACAGUAACGGCGAAUGACUACGUGAGUAAUAUGUUACACAUUGUAGCAUCGACGUCAGCACCGAAGUAUCCAGAACUGUAAUGUCGACAUUCGAGUGCUAGCAUCAGCAUUAGCGUCAUCGUCAACAGCGACGGCAGCUUUCCAUCGUCAACGUCGACCGCAGCAUUAUCAGAGCCAGCACCAGCAGCAACAACGUCGAUCGCCGCAGCGUGAACACCAGCGUCAGCAUCGGCGUCAGCAGUAACAGUAACAGCAAUAACAGCAGCAGCGACAUCCGAGCGUCAGCAGUAACAUCAGCGUCAUCGUCAGUGUCACCGUCAACGUCGACAGAGGCAGUAUCGUCAACGGCGGCAGUGACAGCAACAUUACCAUCCCAUCGUCCGAAACUCUUAAGAAACUUACUGUAGGCCUACAGUGUCGGACCUGCGUGUACAUGUUCUAGCACGCAUGCAGCGAGAACAGACAACGCGACCUUGAGCGGCGGCAACACAACAGCGGCACGCAUCAGCGCGCACCAGCGCGUAGCCACUUCCCCCACCCCCCAUGAACCGGUCUAGAAGGCAUGCAUAAUUUGGGUACGGCAUAUACACGUAUAUAGUGCUCAGCUUGUUAAUGUAUAUUGUAUAACGUAUAACAACCUAAGAGUUAAUAUUCUAGCCGUUCACGGUUGUAAGGGAAUAAUUCGCUGUACGAUCUGUUACCUAAUUCUAUCCCCGUCAUGGAUCUAACCGCCUCUCAGCAGACACCAUCGCGCACCUCCGUCCUGCAAGUGGGGUUACUAAUUAAAGUGGUAAAGGCAUUGAGUGCUUUCACCAUUUCUCAAGCGUUUUCUGGGGAAGAAGAAGGGUUAAUUACCGUCGAUGAGUGGAGGAGUUUGCAACGAUUAGCUCUGAUUGUAGGAGAAGAUGAUGAUUUGAAAUCAGCGCAUUUGGAUGUGUGUCUUCUGACAGGAGAAGCCGCUAAAUUCGUGUCUGAUACCUUAUAUUGUACACCGGAAAUUGGCUGGACACAGCUUGGUCCUAUGCAAUACGAAGAUAACACGCACAUGGCGGUUUCUCUAAAGAAAUUUAAGCGCGACAGGCAGGAACGUCACGAAACUGUGUCUACCUUUGCCAAGCGCCUAGAGGCAGAGGCUAGAGCAGGAUUUGGGGAGCACGCGUAUAAAGAUGCCUUCGUUCAGUCUCAAGUGGUGGAACAAUUCGUAGAUGGAAUAAGAUCAGUAGAGAUUAAAAGAGAAUUAAUUAGCGGCCGUUUCCCCACACUCGAAAAAGCAGCGGAACUUGCUAUCAGAGAGGCAUCUAUCGACCAAGAAGUAAGAAUGCGUAGAGCACGACUUGACGAAUUAAAGGCCAUGGAGGUAGAUAACGUGGAAACUGUGCCCAUCACCCAUAAAGAGAUUCAAGAAAUUCGUGGCAUCGUAGCGGAGCUAAUGGCCAUAGUAUCAAAGCCACAGCCGUCAUAUAACAAGGGAAACACCCCGCGCACAGCACAGCAGGCAAGAUACGAGGCAUACGAGGCACGAUACGAGGCACGAUACGAGGCACGAGGCACGAUACGAGGCACGAUACGAGGCACGACUGGCGACCAACCAUAUAUGCAGCGUCAACCAGCGACGUGGAGGCAGUCUACGUGCCCUAAUUCUCAAAGUAGCGCAGCGUGGCAGCGUACGGUAAUGAGGGAGCCAUUCGAAAGACCACAAUACGCACCACCACCUGGCGUUUGUUAUCAGUGGACUUCAAACAACCAGCCAAUAUGUUUGGCCUGCGGUAAAGUAGGUCACCGCUGGAGGCAAUGCAGAUCAUAGGAGAAGUGACAAUCCCACUUGUUAUUGGACGCUACCGUACGAAAUUUUGAUUUCAAAUAGUC